UGUUACAAAUGGAUCGAGGAAAACAACUGGCUCGGAUCUUCUGACCGGAGACGUCUGUAGACGGGGGCAACUCCUCAUCUCUGUUCUUGCCAAUUCUUCUCGCUGCAACUCACGUCGAACAUAUCGUCUCUCUUGUUUCUUCCAGUGACUGAUGGCCAACCCGCAACCGAUCGUUGCCGCCCCGCGUUCGCAUGUAGCGCGUGCGCCGUUACGAUUCCCACCGAGGAGGAGCAGACCCGAAGGCAUCCAACGCGCCGCUUGCACCGCCUGCCAGAAGCGCAAGACAAAAUGCGAUGGCUUGCGACCGAGAUGCAGCGCUUGCACAGUAAAGGAAACACCAUGCGAGUACAAAGUGGCAGAAGGCCAGACGAGAGUGGGCGCCAUGAAAGCGCGGAAUGAAGAGCUUGAAUCCCAGCUUGCCAUCUCUCGGGAAAUCAUAAGGGCCUUGCGGACUGCCCCGAUGCCUGAGGCUGCCCAGUUAUUCGAGCGACUAAGGUCCGGCGCCGACCUUGCGGAGAUCAUUGACUCUGGACAACACAACAACCAGCAGGCACCGGGUCAGAUAAGCGGCUCUGACGCGACAGAGCAGAACAUUAACAUUACAGAAAACAAGGGCUUAAUAUGGGCAAACCCGAGUCUUGGAUCAGCUAAAGAUCAGGAGGUGGCUGCCUCCAGCAGAUCUAGUUCCAAUCAACAAGUCGGUUUCGAAUAUGAUUGCUCGCUAGCUACUCCUUUGGAUAUUUUGAAGUCGCCUGCCUGUUUCGACGCCUACAAUCUCUUCAUUGACUGCGUCGGAGUAUUAUUUUACGUUUACACCCAGGACCAAGUAAAGUCCGUCUUCGAAAUUUUUCUUCGCCGUCCACCCGAACAUGUACCUACAUCCUUGUUGUGCGAAGCCUUCGCCAUUGCAGCAGUAGGAUCACUGUACUCUCACGACACCAUUCCACCUGACAUCGGAAUCACGUUCUAUAACAUGGCCAAAUGGUUUCUAAACGAUCUUGUCAAGAUAGAUCCUCUUCGAGCCAUGAAGGUCUGUGUUUUGUUGGCUGCGUACAACAUUGUCACCAAGGAAACAGUCGCGCUAUCUUUCAUUGAUAUGGGCCUUAAUCUGGGCCGCAGCCAAAGUAUACAUCGCGAGCAAGUGCCUGAUUCUCUCACUGCUGCUGCGUGGAUCGACUACAAAAGAACAUGGAGAACUCUCAUUUGCUUCAAAGGAUGGCUUGUUGCUACGCUGGGUUUUGUGCCCUGGAAUGAAUGGACAGACGAUAUUAUUUGGUCCACGGUCGAUCCUUCCCUAGAGAACAUUACCAUCCAGGAGACUAUUCAAAUACACCUAACAAAGAUUGCCAUUAUCGAAGCUAAGAUGUUUCGACAGAUCUUUGCGCUCUCUGACCUGCGUCGGGAGCAUGUGGACGAAGCAAGAGCAAACCUGCAUCAAUGGUAUCAAGACUUACCUCCUUCCAUUAAACUUGCAGCUCUAUCAGAGUCACCUCUCGCCAAUGGACCAAAAGUGGGCGUCUACCUUACGCACUUCAUUCACCUUGGAGCGAUGAUAAUGCUACAGCGACGGAUCCUCCAGCAUUACAUACAAACGGCGGAAGCAAACCUAACAUUGGCCAAAGAACGUAUAACAGAACUUUCCGACGCCUUCGAAGAUGGCUUUGUGGCCGCUCUGCAGACAUCUCGGAUGCUGGACCUACUGAUGGACGAGGAAGCUGUCUUCCAGCGCUGUUGGAUGUGCAUGUGAAGCAUUGCCCCCCCCCCCUUUUAAACUGACGCCUCACAGAUACCAAUCAUAUAUAGCCACCAUC